CUCCCAUCUGAUCACCUCUCCCCACCCACCUCGCAUACCUUCAGGUCCUUUACCAAGUCUCCCUUCACCAUUCCUGGCUCUUUCUGCAGUGAGAGCAAUAAUUUGUUCCAUUGUUUUGGUUUGAAAUCUUAGAGCUGUUUUCAAAUUUUGGUGAUAAGAGAGGCUGCUAGAAUGACAAACAGGCUGUUAGGCAUCGCCACCCAGGUCAUGCUAAUGGCCAUUAUUAUCUCAUUCACGCUCUUCUUCGUUGGCCUAGGUGUCCUGGUGGUUCUUCACGUACGUACCGUAGGCAGGGCUUUCCAGAGACGGUUCCUUACCAUCUCCAGGGAAGAGAGGUGCGGCGCCAGCAAUAUUGGUUUAUCCCCAGAUGAGUUGGAGAAGCUCCCCUGCUAUGAUUUCGAUACCGCCGGAGAGCAGGGGAGCAGCGGUUCGGUCGACUGCGCCGUGUGCUUGGAGAGCUUUCAGGUGGGUGAUAGGUGCAGAUUGCUGCCUUUGUGCAAGCACAGCUUCCAUGCAGAGUGUGUGGAUUCUUGGCUGCGAACAACUCCGAUUUGCCCGAUUUGCCGGACUGUGGUCGAUCGCCGGAAGGGCGGCAGUGACUUCAAGGACCAACAGGACCGGUUUGCCAGUGGCGUGGUGAUGGGAUUUCCGGUGAGUGCUGAUCCAUCUCGUUUUUGAGUUGCACUUUGGAAUGGUUAAUUCAGUAGGUGCUGCAAGUUUGUACGAUCUGAUGCAUGGUCAAUAAAAUGUGAGCUUUCUAGUUUUAUUGUAUAAAAAUGUUCGAUUUAGUGGUUACUUAUGUAGUUGAGUUCACUAUCUGAAGCUUUAG